UAUCCAGAGAUAAAAUCCUUGAUGAAACCUGACCCCAACCUCAUCUGGAUCAUAACUCUGAUGGUUCUCGUCAAGCUGGCUUCAUUUUACUUAGUGAAAGACCUGGACUGGAAAUGGGUCAUAUUUUGGGCCUUUGUCUUUGGUACCACCAUUAACCACUCAAUGACUCUGGGGAUCCAUGAGAUUUCUCACAAUUUCCCAUUUGGCCACCACAGGGCGCUGUGGAACCGCUGGUUUGGAAUAUUUGCUAACCUUCCUAUUGGGGUUCCAUACUCGAUUUCUUAUAAAAUGUACCACAUGGAUCAUCAUCGAUACCUUGGAGCUGAUGGCAUUGAUGUGGAUGCUCCUUCUCACUUUGAAGGCUGGUUCUUCUGCACCACUUUCAGGAAGCUUAUGUGGGUUGUUUUUCAGCCUUGGUUGAUUUUUCUUCGACCUUAUUUUGUCAACCCCAAACCAGCUACUUAUCUGGAAACUAUCAAUAAUGUGACCCAGAUCACUUUUAACAUUAUAAUUUACUAUGUUUUUGGAAUUAAAUCUUUAGUCUACAUGUUGACAGCCUCCCUGUUUGGCAUGGGUUUGAACCCAAUUGCUGGGCAUUUUAUAGCUGACCAUUACAUGUUCUUAAAGGGGCAAGACACCAACUCAUAUUAUGGGCCUCUGAACUUUCUCAUGUUCAAUGGGGGCUACCAUAAUGAACAUCAUGACUUCCCUAGUAUUCCUGGAAGCCGCCUUCCACAGGUAAGUGAAAUUUUGAUUUAUUGUUUUAGUUUUUGA